CUCACCAAAAUAGCACGAUUUUCAGGUAUCAUGUCGACAGCUGCUGCCGCCUGAAUCAGCUGCUCAUUCGAAUGAAAGGACUUCCCUCAAUCACAAGAAAACGCAGAUCAAUCGCCAAUGACGAAGAGCGCACUUCUGAUGUUCUGCUGAUCGAGAUUGCAGGAACGCUAAGUGGACCGCCAUGGCAGCGUCUGAAUUAUACACAAAGCAUGCCCGGGUCUGGAUCCCGGAUGCAGAGGAGGUGUGGAAGUCGGCAGAGCUCACCAAGGACUACAAACAGGGAGAUACGGCUCUGCACCUGCAGCUGGAAGAUGGCACGGACUUGGAAUACAAAUUAGACCCAACAACCAAGAACCUGCCCCACCUUCGAAACCCUGACAUCCUGGUUGGGGAGAAUGACCUCACUGCCCUCAGUUACCUCCAUGAACCCGCCGUGCUUCACAACCUGAAAGUGCGCUUCAUCGACUCCAAGCUCAUCUACACCUACUGCGGUAUCGUCUUGGUGGCCAUCAACCCGUAUGAGAAUCUCCCCAUCUAUGGAACUGACAUCAUCAAUGCCUACAGCGGUCAGAACAUGGGGGACAUGGACCCCCACAUAUUCGCAGUGGCAGAGGAGGCGUACAAGCAAAUGGCCAGAGACGAGAGAAACCAGUCCAUUAUAGUGAGUGGGGAGUCGGGUGCUGGGAAGACCGUCUCAGCCAAAUACGCCAUGCGCUACUUUGCCACGGUCAGUGGAUCCGCCAGCGAGGCCAACGUGGAGGAGAAGGUGCUGGCAUCCAACCCCAUCAUGGAGGCCAUUGGGAACGCCAAGACCACCAGGAAUGACAACAGCAGCCGGUUUGGGAAGUACAUCGAGAUUGGGUUCGACAAGAAGUACGGCAUCAUCGGGGCCAACAUGAGGACAUACCUGCUGGAGAAAUCCAGAGUUGUGUUUCAGGCAGACGAGGAGAGGAACUACCAUAUCUUCUACCAGCUGUGUGCCUCUGCGCAUUUGCCUGAAUUCAAAGCCCUUAAGUUAGGUAGUGCUGAUGACUUCCACUGCACCAACCAGGGACGAAACCCUGUCAUUGAGGGUGUGGAUGAUGCCAAGGAGAUGUCCACCACCAGAAAUGCUUUCACACUGUUGGGAAUUAACGAGUCAUAUCAGAUGGGUCUUUUCCAAAUUCUCGCCGCCAUUCUUCAUCUGGGCAACGUGGAAGUGAAAGACCGGGACUCCGACAGCAGCAGCAUCCCGCCCAACAACAGCCACCUGACGACCUUCUGUGACCUCAUGGGGGUGACAUAUCAGGACAUGUCCCACUGGCUGUGCCACAAGAAGAUCAAGACUGCCUCAGAGACCUACAUCAAGCCCAUCCCCAAAUUCCAGGCCAUCAAUGCCCGGGACGCCCUGGCCAAACACAUCUACGCCAAACUCUUCAACUGGAUCGUGGACAACGUCAACAAGGCCUUGCAUUCCAGCAUCAAGCAGCACUCAUUCAUCGGAGUCCUCGACAUUUACGGGUUUGAAACAUUUGAAAUCAACAGCUUUGAACAGUUUUGUAUUAACUACGCCAAUGAGAAGCUGCAACAGCAGUUUAAUAUGCACGUCUUCAAGCUGGAGCAGGAGGAGUAUAUGAAGGAACAGAUUCCAUGGACCUUGAUUGAUUUCUAUGACAAUCAGCCCUGUAUCAACCUGAUAGAGGCCAAAAUGGGGGUACUGGACCUUCUGGAUGAAGAGUGCAGGAUGCCCAAGGGAUCAGAUGACAGCUGGGCACAGAAGCUGUACAACACCCACCUGAAAACCUGCCCACUCUUCGAGAAACCCCGCAUGUCCAACAAGGCCUUUAUCAUCCAGCACUUCGCAGACAAGGUGGAAUAUCAGUGUGAAGGAUUCCUGGAGAAAAAUAAAGACACUGUUAAUGAGGAGCAGAUCACUGUAUUGAAAGCAAGCAAGUUUGACCUGCUGGUGGAGCUGUUCCAGGAUGAGGACAAGGCCACAAGCCCGACAGGUGCGCCCCCUGGUGGCCGCACCAGACUCAGCGUCAAACCGGACAAGACCCGCCCUGGCCAGUCCAGCAAGGAGCACAAGAAGACAGUGGGACUGCAGUUCCGGAACUCCCUGCACCUGCUGAUGGAAACGCUGAAUGCCACCACUCCCCACUACGUGCGCUGUAUCAAGCCGAACGACCUGAAGUUCCCUUUCACGUUUGACCCCAAGAGGGCAGUCCAGCAGCUCAGAGCCUGUGGUGUCCUGGAGACCAUCCGGAUCUCAGCGGCUGGCUUCCCAUCCAGGUGGACCUAUCAGGAGUUCUUCAGUCGUUACCGGGUUCUGAUGAAGCAGAAGGACGUGCUGUCAGACAAGAAGCUCACCUGCAAAAACGUUCUGGAAAAGCUGGUCCAGGACCAGGACAAGUACCAGUUUGGCAAGACCAAGAUCUUCUUCCGCGCGGGCCAGGUGGCCUACCUGGAGAAGCUGCGAGCAGACAAGCUGCGGGCGGCCUGCAUCCGCAUCCAGAAGACCAUCCGCUGCUGGCUGGUCCGCAAGAAGUACCUGCGCAUGAAGAGCGCCGCCAUCACCAUCCAGAGAUACGUGCGGGGAUACCAGGCCCGAUGCCUCGCCAUGUUUCUGCGUCGCACCAGAGCCGCCAUCAUCAUACAGAAGUUCCAGCGCAUGUACGUGGAGAGGAAGCGGUACCGCCGCCAGAAGGCCGCCGCCCUCAUCAUUCAGUGCAUCCUGCGGGCCUACAUGGCCAGGCAGCACUACCAGGCGCUCUUGCGCGAGCACAAGGUGGUCAUCCUUCAGAAGAACGUGAGGGGCUGGCUGGCCCGCUGCUGGUACAAGAGGACCCUGUCCGCCAUCAUCCACCUGCAGUGCUGCGUGCGGCGCAUGCGGGCCAAGCGCGAGCUGAAGAAGCUGAAGAUCGAGGCGCGCUCCGUCGAGCACUUCAAGAAGCUCAACAUCGGCAUGGAGAACAAGAUCAUGCAACUGCAGCGCAAGAUCGACGAGCAGAACAAAGAGAACAAGGCCAUGAGCGAGCGUCUGAGCGGGCUGGAGAUCUCGUACUCGGCGGAGAGCGAGAGGCUGCGCAGCGAGGUGGUGCGGCUGCGGAGCUCGGAGGAGGAGGGCCGCAACAACGCCAACCGCGUCACCUCCCUGCUGGAGGAGCUGGCGCAGCUCCGCAAGGAGCUGGAGGCCACCCGCAACGAGAAGAGCGUGAUCGAGGAGUGGGCCGAGACCUACCGCGACGAGAUGGAGCAGAUGGUGACAGAGCUGAAGGAUCAAAACAACCUACUGAAGAGCGAGAAGGACGAUCUGAACAGACUGAUCCAGGAACAGAGCCAGCAGAUGACGGAGAAAAUGGCCAAGGCUCUGCAGGAGGAGACCAAACAGCUGGAGAACGACCUGAACGAGGAGCGCUCACGCUACCAGAACCUUCUGACCGAGCACCUGCGUCUGGAGGAGCGCUACGACGACCUGAAGGAGGAGAUCACCCUGACUGUGCAUGUCCCAAAGCCAGGCCACAGGAGAACAGACUCCACCCACAGCAGCAACGAAUCAGAAUGCACCUACAACUCGGAGUUCGCCGAGUCAGAGGAAAGCUCACGUGGAGGAGAGGACGUGACCAAGGCGGCACUGGACAUGUCCCUGUUCCUCAAGCUCCAGAAGAGGGUGACCGAGCUAGAGCAAGAGAAGCAAGCACUGCAGAAGGAGCUUGACACCAGAGAGGAACAGUUCCAACGAGCCAGAGCCAGGGAUGAUGAGGAACACAAGAAGGCCAGAGGGGCAGAGCUGGAGUACGAGUCGCUCAAGCGCCAGGAGUUGGAGUCCGAGAACAAGAAGCUGAAGCACGACCUAAACGAGAUGAGGCAGUCCCUGGCAGAGAACGCCGGCGCCGACAAGGCCACACCGGGCUCUCCCGCUUACAAGGUGCUCCUGGACCAGCUCAACGCCUCCACUGAGGAGCUGGAGGUGCGCAAGGAGGAGGUGCUGAUCCUGCGCUCUCAGCUGGUUAGCCAGAAGGAGGCCAUGCAGCAUAAGGAUGAGAAGGAGACGAUGACGGACGCUAUAAUGUACACAGAGGAUGUGAAGAAGAUGAAGGACACCGGGGAGAUCACCCAGGCCUACAUGGGGCUCAAAGAGACAAACAGGUCCCCCAAGUUUUUGCGUAAGCCCCUCGACGUGAACGAGCUGGUGAAUAGGGUCAGAUCCCCCACUCCAAACUACCAUGAGCUGAAUGAGGAUGGAGAACUAUACCUGGUUUAUGAAGGGUUAAAGGAGACUAACAGGCUGUUGGAGUCGCAGCUGCAGACACAGAGGAAGACCCAUGAGAAUGAGGUGGAGGUCCUGCGCGGGGAGCUGCAGAGCGUGAAGGAGGAGAAUAACCGUCAGCAGCAGCUCCUGGCCCAGAACCUGCAGCUGCCACCCGAGGCUCGCAUCGAGGCCAGCCUGCAGCACGAGAUCACCCGGCUCACCAACGAGAACCUGGACCUCAUGGAACAGCUGGAGAAACAGGACAAGACAGUCCGUAAACUUAAGAAGCAGCUCAAAGUGUUUGCAAAGAAGAUCGGAGAACUGGAAGUUGGAGGUCAGGUCGAGAACGUGUCUCCAGGACAGACUGUCGACGAGCCCAUCCGGCCGGUCAACAUCCCCCGCAAGGAGAAGGACUUCCAGGGAAUGCUGGAGUACAAGAAGGAGGAUGAGCUGAAGCUGGUGAAGAACCUCAUCCUAGAGCUGAAACCGCGGGGUGUGGCCGUGAACUUCAUCCCAGGCCUGCCAGCCUACAUCCUCUUCAUGUGCCUCCGACAUGCUGACUACAUCAACGACGACCAGAAGGUCCGCACGCUGCUCACCUCCACCAUCAACAGCAUCAAGAAGAUCCUGAAGAAAAGAGGGGACGACUUUGAAACAGUGUCUUUCUGGCUGGCCAACACCUGCCGCUUUCUGCACUGUCUGAAGCAGUACAGCGGAGAGGAGGCCUUCAUGAAGCAUAACACUCCCAGGCAGAACGAGCACUGCCUGUCCAACUUUGAUCUGGCCGAGUACAGGCAGGUUCUGAGUGACCUGGCCAUCCAGAUCUACCAGCAGCUCAUCAAGUGCAUGGAGAACAUUCUGCAGCCAAUGAUAGUCUCAGGAAUGCUGGAGCACGAGACAAUCCAGGGCGUGUCGGGUGUGAAGCCCACAGGCCUACGCAAGAGGACGUCCAGCAUCGCGGACGAGGGCACCUACACGCUGGACUCCAUCCUGCGGCAGCUCACCUCCUUCCACUCCACUAUGUGCCAGCACGGCACCGACCCGGAGCUCAUCAAGCAGGUGGUCAAGCAGCAGUUCUACAUCAUUGGCGCUGUCACCCUUAACAACCUGCUGCUACGCAAGGACAUGUGCUCCUGGAGCAAAGGGAUGCAGAUCAGGUAUAACGUCAGCCAGCUGGAGGAAUGGCUGAGGGACAAGAACCUGAUGAACUGCGGGGCCAGGGAGACUCUGGAGCCCCUGAUCCAGGCCGCCCAGCUGCUGCAGGUCAAGAAGAAGACGGACGAAGACGCAGAGGCCAUCUGCUCCAUGUGCAGCGCCCUCACCACUUCCCAGAUUGUGAAAGUGCUGAACCUAUACACACCUGUGAAUGAGUUUGAGGAAAGAGUCUCGAUAUCAUUCAUUCGAACCAUACAGGCGCGCUUACGGGACCGGAAGCAGACGCCACAGCUGCUCAUGGACACCAAACUCAUCUACCCCGUCACAUUCCCUUUCAACCCCUCUUCUCUGGCCCUGGAGACCAUCCACAUCCCCAGCAGUCUGAACCUCAGCUUCCUGACACGCGUGUAGUCUUUCCCGACCUGGACAUCCUCACACGCACGUAGAGAGUCUAAACUUUGGCUUCCUCACACGCAUGUAGAGGCAUUCUGAACCAGGAUUUCCCUCACACGCGUGUGGAGGCAUUCUGAUUUAGGAUUUCCUCACACGCGUCACUCACAGACACCCUUUCUUCUAAAGUCAGUGUGGGCGUGAUCAUUCAGAUCAAGAACACUGAGAAACCGUCACUCUUAAUGUUGACUGCCCCCUUAACAAGCAAACAGCAGUUUGGAUUUGUUAUGUGUUAUGAAUGGAAGCGUUUGUAGAGAAUCUCGCGGUUCUUGGCCUUGGAUAGGAAAGGAAUGGUUGUCCGAAACCAGGUUUUCUGAAAGAAUGCAGAGUCAUGUGUACGAUGCCUUUUUUUUUUACACAUUGCUUAGCUUGGCAGUGUUCUGGUCAGUGCAUCUCAAUGCUCAAUGACUGUGUCA